AAAAACCCGUCAAAACCGACUCACGGGCUUCAAGUCAAUGAGAAUAACGGCAGUAAUUCAUAGAGGACGGUCCUCACAUCCCCAUCCUCAAGUUUUGUGGUGUUACAUGUUUUAUCUGAGGUAAACUACGGGGAGAGCUUCAUCUGAAGGACGUUUCUCAGUUAUUCAUCACCAUCAAAGAAAAUCCGUCCGGAAAACAAGGGACUGACACCAAGUUUCUCUAUAGAUCUUUCUCUCUCACACACUCACACUUGAAGACCGAGAAUAAUCGCUCUGAAAGCAUGGAGCCCGCUGAGAUGAACACUAUCCCCAAUGGGAAGGGGCACGAAGCUGGCGAGGAGACAACUGCGAUUGCAAUAAAAAGCCAAUCAGAAGAUGCAGCUCAGGAACUUGUACCAAAUAGCACUGAAAAUGCCAGUACCAACAGAACUCCAGGUAAUGCAGAAGCAAACCUGGCGGAAAGCUCAGAGUUCCUGUCCAACGCAGAUGACAAGAAAACCCCUCGCUUCACGGACUUUGAGGGAAAGACUUCUUUUGGGAUGUCCGUCUUCAACUUGGGAAACGCCAUCAUGGGAAGUGGAAUUCUGGGAUUGGCCUAUGCAAUGGCUAACACGGGCAUUGUCCUCUUUGUAAUUCUCCUCACUGCUGUCGCUGGUCUGUCUGCAUACUCCAUUCACCUGCUGCUAAAAUCUUCAGGCGUUGUGGGCAUUAGAGCUUAUGAACAACUGGGCUUUCGAGCCUUUGGCACACCAGGCAAGAUGGCUGCCGGCAUUGCAAUCACCCUUCAGAACAUUGGAGCCAUGUCCAGCUACUUGUACAUAGUAAAGUAUGAGUUUCCACUGGUUAUCCAGGCUUUUCUCAAGGUGGAUAAUCCAUCAGGGGAGUGGUAUUUAAACGGCAAUUACCUGGUCGUCAUUGUAUCAUGCACUGUCAUCUUGCCGCUGGCUUUAAUGAAGCAGCUCGGGUACCUGGGCUACACAAGCGGUUUCUCUCUCAGCUGUAUGGUCUUCUUCCUUAUUUCGGUGAUCUAUAAGAAGUUCCAGGUGAAAUGUCCUUUUGAAGACUUUUCCCAUAACAGGACAGUGUUGGGCUUUAACACCAGUGUGGCGGCUGAUCCCGGAGGAGUGGAGAUGACCCAUGAGGCUGACCCUGCCUGCACCCCCCGCCUCUUUAACCUCAACUCGCAGACGGCCUACACGGUUCCCAUCCUGGCGUUCGCGUUCGUGUGCCACCCCGAGGUGCUGCCAAUUUACACAGAGCUGCGGAACCCCACAAAAACAAAGAUGCAGCACGUCUCCAACAUCUCCAUUGGAGUCAUGUACGUCAUGUACUUCCUGGCUGCUCUGUUCGGGUAUCUGACCUUCAUUGAUAAGGUAGAAGCUGAGCUGCUGCACACCUACAGUCGGAUCGAUCCGUACGACACACUCAUCUUGUGCGUUCGUCUGGCUGUGCUGACUGCCGUCACGCUCACUGUACCCAUCGUGCUGUUUCCUGUAAGAAGAGCAAUUCAGCAGUUGUUCUUCCCAAAUAAAACCUUCUGGUGGCCACGUCACAUCGCCAUAGCUGUCACCCUCCUCACCCUCAUCAACUUACUGGUCAUCUUCGCCCCAAACAUCCUGGGCAUCUUCGGAGUCAUUGGUGCCACGUCCGCGCCGUGUCUCAUCUUUAUAUUUCCAGCUGUGUUUUACAUUCGCAUUGUUCCCAAGGAAGAAGAACCUAUGCGCUCACCGCCGAAAAUAUUUGCUGCUUGCUUUGCCAUUUUAGGAGUCCUAUUUAUGAUAAUGAGCCUCAGCUUCAUCAUCAUCGAUUGGACAUCAGGGUCCAGCAAAGGAAGCAGUGGUCAUUAGGCCUCAUCCUCUAAUGGUUUAUGCUUUUUAAUAUUACUUUCGGGUCAGUAGUUGGGGAGGAUGCAUAAUCUCUCAGUGAUCAGUCACGAGUAGUAACAGAUUCCUAGCUUUAGUUGCAUUCAAUCAAUGCAUUAUUUGGGCCAUGUGACCUGCAUGUGCUGUAAAUGGGGUCUUGCCCCAUCUCAGGCCGGCAUUAAAUCUAUUUAAAGGCCAUCCGCUUUCACAAAGAAGCGGAUGGGACAAUGGAAAUAGUUGGUUUUAAAGCAAAGAGAACAUAAUCAGAAAAGACAACCAGAAUUAGAAAAUCAAAGCUUGUGAUAGUUAGUUUGUGCCAUAGUAACAGCACAUGCAGUAUGCAGGGUUUGCAAACAAAAGGGAUUUUGCAUUCUAACCAAAUGGACUCAGCUGGCCCAACCUUUAUAUUAUGACCUUUGAUCCUUGCCCUUCGGCCACAUUCACAAGAGAUUAGAAUCACAGUAAGUGCUCAAUUCUUAUGGGAGGAAUAAAGUGUUUAUUUCAUCAUAUCUCAUCAUAGAUAUAGCAAUACUCUGUGCAAUAGCUGUGAGAUAUCUGACACGGAAGGCUGUUGAGAAGCGACGCACGACCUCGUCCAGAAUCCAGAUUUGGUGCAGUCUAUUACACAAUUUCAAAUUUAUGCAAAUUGUACGUAUAGAUGUACAUGUCACAUUUUUAUAUGGAUUUAUAAUGUUUAUCCUUUAUAUAAUAUAUUAGUAGAUAUAUGAGCAUAAAUAUAUAUGAUAUAUAUAAGAGUAUUCAGAUUCAUCCGGUGUUCUCAAGCUUAUCUAUCACAUCCCUUUACACUAUUUGUGACUAUUAAGGUAAAAUGGCAUCUUUGAUACAUUAAGAUUUAAAGAGACAGGCACAUUUGAAAUAUUCUUCUUUUUUAGGAACACUACUGGUUGCGAUGGGAAAGCACAGAUUGGAAAGCACAGUUAAUCAUAGGGUCAGGUUGUAAUGAUCCCAUGAGUCCUGCUGACUGAUUUUGAACCACCCUCUGGAUUUAUAUGCGGAGAAAACCAAAAACACAGAUUCACAGGGUCUUCUCCUUAACUGGAGAAACAAAUGUGGUGCAUUGAUGCACAUAAAUGUUUUAGUUAAUGUUGCCCGGUGGAAGCUGAUCGUUUUGCUUUUAGAUUAAGGCUUAAAAAAACAGGCUAUUAACCCAAGUAGACGGAUGAUUUCAGAGAUCGUUUUCCACACAGGGCGAUUACCGAAAUCUUAAACUGUAGCACUUUCAGUUGAAGCACAACUUCCGUUCAGUCUCCUAACCUAGUGACCCAGUUACAACGUAUAAUCAUAGAUUAAUAUAUUUUGUAAACAGAUAUAAGAACAAAAGCCUACGUACUACUAACUGUAAAUUGUUCAAAGAAAAAGUAACGUGUGGAUGUCUAACAUGGUACAUAAAUAUUUUAAACUUUGUAAUUGAAACUCCUUAAAAAACUAUAAAUCAAGCACUUACUGGCCCAUAAUGAUCUUAGUGGUAACACUGUGGUGUUUUAGUGUGUGUGUAUGUGUGUGAAUGUGUGUGUCCUCUUCUCUUCUCGCUUAUGGAGAAUACUUCAGUCAGUGAAUGUACUGUAUUGGACUGUAAGAUGUCUAAAUGAGAUGUGCAUUUAAAUUGUGGUACUUUUUUAUUCAGUUUUUGUCUAAGUAAUGUUUAAUGGAUAGAACAACCACACAUAUAACUAAAUCAUCAUAUCUGUGAACCAGUGUUAGCAUAAUUACAUAUCUCGAUAUCUUCUUUCGGUGUUUUAUAUGUCCCUGGUGCUGCAUCGAGGGCCUGUCAGACAGUGAAGGCACUGUAAAAUAUAUUUCAAAUUACAAUCUGUACUUCCUUGUUUAAAAAAAGCUUGGCCAGAUGCGUCAUUUCCCUCUUUGUGGUGUUUUGGAUAUACGUACAUGAGAAUGAGAUUAAAGAUGUCGGUAUGAUUGCUUAAGUGUAUCAUUGAAAUGACCCAUUGAGAUCAUUGAUAUUUUUUGGUGAAGAAGCAUUUAGUUGUGUGUUUUGGUGAUGGUGAGAUGUUGUAGUGGUGUAAUGCCGCACACACCAAUGUGGUUUCUUAAGCACAAAAGUGUCCCAUCGUUUUAGCAGUGUGUGUUUAUGUGUUCACAUGCCUGAGAACUAAUUGUGCCAGUUGUUAAGGAAUUGCCAGUAUCUGUCCUUAAGUCCGUCCGUCCUUGAUUCAGAGUCUGAACAUGACUUUGAAAGUAUGUGAAUCUUAUGCAGACAUGCCCAGGUUGCAUUUCACCCCAAAAUCAGACAGCAACAACAAAAAAAAUCUGUAUACCGUUGAGGUCAAAAGUUUACAUACACCUUGCAGAAUCUGCAAAAUGUUAAUUAUUUUACCAAAAUAAAAGGGGUGGGGUGAAAACUUUUGGAAUUUGAAGAUCAGGAUAAAUUUAACUUAUUUUGUCUUCUAAGAAACAUGUAAGAAACUUCUGUAGCUUCUUAAAUGGGUCAUUUUUAUAAAUUCAACUAUUAAUUUCUCUUGUGGACCAUACGUAAAUGUCUGUUAUGUGAAAUAUCUUAUGCAGACCAGUACUAAAUAAAAUAAUAUGCAUUUUGUAUGAUCCCUCUUAUUUUGGUAAAAUAAUUAACAUUUUGCAGAUUCUCAAAGGUGUAUAUAAACUUAUGACCUCAACUGUAUAUUAUAUAUUCAGUUAUUUAUAUACUUUCAUUCAGAAUGCUUUAAAUUGACCAAAAGUGACAAUAAAUAUGUGUUUUAUAAUUUAUAUUUAAAAUAAAUUAUAUAAGAAUGCUGAAAAAAAUGAGCAUCAAAUCAGCAUAUUAAAAUUAUUUCUGAAUGACUGAUGAAAUUUUGCUUUGCCAUCAUGGGCUUAAAUUACAUUUAUAAAAUGUAUUCAAGUAGAAAACAGUUAUUUAAAAUACUUCACAGUAUUUUUGAUGUGUAUUUUUAAUAUAUAUAUUACAUUAUAUUACUAUAACAGGGUUUAUUUUCUCUAAGAAAAAUUUAAUUUUUGUCAUUUGAUUUUGGGGUGACAUUUUCGUGAGAUUCACUGAGAGAGAUUGUAAUUUUGAUUUGAUAAUGUUUGUGAUUAUUUUUAAAGAGAGUUAGCGUUUGUGAGUAUUUUAAGGAGAAAAGACUCCUUUCUGAUGUAUCCACUGCAUAAAAUAAUGAUUUUAUGAUGAGUUUAUGUUAACUAGUAAGAUCUUAUUAACUUACUAUCGUAUAGCACAAAGUAGGAAUCUUUAGUAUCGAUGGUGAAUCAUGCAUAAAUACUGUUCCCAAUUAUAAAAGUACAAUCUAAUUGCUGCAACUAGAGCAUUAGAAGUGGUGCACCAGAAACUGCCCCGAACCACAAGAUCCCCCAUAAUGCUGUGCUUGCAUCCCCAGGCUUUCACAUGCACAGCUUUGACGUCUGGGCUGACAGCAGCACUUUUUAAGCACCUGCAGAUCAUACAAUAUGAUCUCCAAAUCUGCAAGGUAUCACAAAGUAGCAGAGGGGGGAAGAUUUAAAUUGUGUUUUUAGCAGCUGUGUACUUGUGUUCAGUUCGCGUGAUGUUUUCCUUGUGAUGUAAUGAAAGUGUCAUCUGUUUGUAACAGUUUCUAUGAAUUCAUUACUUACAUGGCAGCAUUUAUAAAUAAUGUACAUAAAUGUAAACCCUUUAUAUUAUAAGCACAUCUAUAGUUUGUAUAUUGUAAAUAGGCAGAUGAUGUUUAGUCUGAUGAUUAAAACGUAAUAAUUUUUAAAAAAUGCUUUUUAAAAAGCCAGUUUAUGUCUUUAUUUUCUUUAUUCUCAGUAUCGAGUACAUUGCUGGCAGUUAAUGUACUGUAAACAAUGUUCAAAUAAAAAAGAAUAAAUAAUAUUCAUUCA